UUAAUAUACCAGCAAUAAUAUAAUACAGGCCAGUGCGACAGUCCCGGUCGCCAAUGAUUUUUGUUUACAUCCAGCCAGCUGUGGUCGCGGCGAGGCACGUCAAACCAACAGCAUGAGCAAAACUGGAGCCAUUCGUCUUUUCCUGAGGUCUUGGUAUGGUGUGCAGGUGGCUGGCAGGCAGUACAGCACCACACCGAGAUGCUCACAGGUAGAGGCAGCAGCAGUGGCUCAGAAGGAGGCACUGCGACCCAAGACUGCCCUGCUGAUGCUGAACAUGGGUGGCCCUCGGAACCUGGAUGAGGUGCAUGACUUCCUCCUGGAGCUGUUCAAAGACAGAGACAUCAUCCAGCUACCUUUCCAGAGUCGUAUGGGUCCCUGGAUUGCCAAGAGACGAACCCCAAGCAUCCAGCAGAAGUAUAGUGAGAUUGGAGGCGGCUCUCCCAUCUUCAAAUGGACAGAUUUGCAGGGGAAGCUGAUGUGUGAGCGCCUGGACAAACUGUGCCCGGAGACAGCACCACACAAGCACUAUGUUGGGUUCAGAUAUGCAAAUCCACUCACGGAAGCGACAUUAGAGCAGAUAGAAGUGGAAGGAGCAGAGAACUGUGUAGCCUUCUCACAGUAUCCCCAGUACAGCUGCAGCACAACCGGCUCCAGCAUGAAUGCCAUCCACAAGUUCUAUGCCAACAGGCCCACUGAGACAAAGCUCAAGUGGAGUGUCAUAGACCGGUGGAGCACCAACCCCUUCCUGGUGAAGUGCUUUGCUGAGAACAUCAAAACAGAACUGGAAAAGUUUCCUGUUGAGAAGAGAAAAGAUGUCUUCAUCCUCUUUUCAGCUCAUUCUCUACCCCUGAGACAAGUGAAUCGAGGAGACCCCUACGCUGCUGAGGUUGGGGCUACUGUGCAGCUGGUGAUGCAGGAGUUGGGUUUCAGUAAUCCAUACCGGCUGGUGUGGCAAAGCAAGGUGGGACCACUGCCAUGGCUCUCUCCUGCCACAGAUGAUGCAAUCAAAGGUCUUGUGCAACGCGGCCGCAAGAACAUGAUCCUGGUGCCCAUUGCCUUCACCAGCGACCACAUUGAGACUCUCCAUGAGCUGGACAUUGAAUACACGCAUGAUGUUGGCAAUGAGGUUGGAGCUGAGCGUAUCCUCCGCUGUGCUGCCCCCAAUGAUCAUCCACUGUUCAUUGAUGCACUGGUGGACGUGGCCAGCAGGCAUCUCCUUGGAGGCCAGCGUUGCUCUGAACAGUUCUUGCACAACUGUCCACUGUGUGUCAACAAGUCAUGCUUCGCCUCCAAGAAGUGGUUCAGACAUGCCACACAGACAUUUUAGUCCCUCACUUGUGUUCCUCUCUAUUGUUGCAUUUAAAUCUAUUUGUUGACAAUACUUUGUAAGCUUGUGGUGCACGUUGUUUGUAUAUCUUGCGUUGGUGCAUACGAACACUACCUAAAUAGUAUUGUUAUUGUGACUUCAACAUGCCUUAAGCUUUAAAAUGGUGGAGGUAAUGGUAGUUUUGUAGAAAAUUGCAUCUUGAAGCACGUGUAGAUGAAGUAAGAUAGACAUUAAUGUAAAAAUGUAGAUACAAUAAGUAUUCCUCUGAACUUGUAAGAAAUGGAUUAUUUGAAUUGAUGCUAAUGAAUAAAGACAAAAUAUUACAUGAAGAAGCUACUUAAUGCAUGAAUAAUAAUACUUUAGAUAAUGAAA